AUGUCUGGUGUUACCAAUCAACAGACAUAUCCCGAAUUGGGAUACCUGGAACGUGCGCCCUUGAAAACACGGAUUUUUCGCCGUCGAGCUGACUCGCCCGCACCAGAAGUAGACGAUCGUCCGAACCCUCUGGAGGACUAUGUGGGCACCACCCUCGACGAACCACAAGACUCGUCUUCGCUCGUCGUCGACCAUGAAAGUACAGCAACCGAGCCGUGCACGCUCACGUUGUAUGUCUGCUGGUCCCCAACGUAUCAUGUCCCCGUUCUCUACUUUAUGGCGCACAAACAAAGUGUGUACACCAUCGGACCGACAGAACCCUUCAAGCUCAGUGCUGAUCAAGUUCAAUCUUAUCUCGUACAGACGGUGCACCCCUCGAGCUCUCGGAACUGUUCAACUCCACCAUAUUUCAGCAUAUCUACUAUAAGAUCGCACCUGACACCUCUGAGCCGGCGGCAUUGACCUCCGAGUCGGACGAUCCGCCUCCACCGGCUCCGUUCAUCUCACAAGCCGACCACCCGACGCUCGGGGUCCCGACGUGGUUCUUGCAUCCGUGCAAUACCCAGGCCAUCAUACAAGAGGUCCUAUGCGAAGAUCAGGGGUCGACGACAACAUACUUCGACACGUGGUUGAUGGUCGUUGGAUCAGUUGUCGACCUCCGUGAAUGA